AUGACAACACCUGAAGAAGCACAGACAAUGAGGAGUCAAAUCGCCCAAUUGUUGGAGCAGAAUGAGGCACUUCUCGCCUCAGUCGAAACUAUCCAACAAGUGCAACAGCAAGAAAAGACCGACUCUCAUCAUGGCGAUUUGGAUGAGCCAGAGCCUCAACCGUUUUCAACUGAAAUAUGGAACGCACCGGUUCCCGACAACUUUAAACCGCCUCAUCUACCAUCUUUCGAUGGAAGAGGCGAUCCUUCUGAGCAUGUAACCGUCUUCAACACUCGGAUGUCCGUUUAUGGAGUUGCUGACUCCCUUAAGUGCAAGCUUUUGGCAGGAACUUUUGCUGAUGCAGCUUUGCGAUGGUACAUGAGCCUUCCUCGUUUCUCCAUCGUGAGUUACCAAGACAUGACGAAGAAAUUCACACAACAAUUUUCCGGGACCCGUCACCGGAAGGUGCUAUCAACUAGUUUGUUCAACGUUCGGCAAGGACCGAAUGAAUCGCUGAGGGAGUACCUCGCCCGUUUCAAUGAUUCAACAAUUAAAGUCUCCAACCCCAACCAAGAAGUCUUUGUCGGCGCUUUUCAGAACGGCUUACGGGCGGGACAAUUUAAUGAGUCACUCGCCCAAAAGCCGGCUGACUCAAUGGAAGAGAUAAUAGCUCGUGCCGAGUGCUAUGUGAAAGGUGAAGAAAGCAAUGCUGAAAAGAGGGCUAGAGAUGUUAAGGAAAAAGGAAGCUCCGGUGGAGAGCGAAGAAACCAUUAUGUCCCUCCUAACAGAGACAGAGGGACGUUCAAAAGGCCAUAUGAAAGAAACCAACAACGCUACAUUCCCGAGGUAUUUACCCCUUUAAAUACUCGCCCUAAGAGAAUCCUCAAGGAAGUUUUUGAGUCCAAAAUCAUCCCGCCACCUCCCCUCAAUCGCUCAAAAUUCAUGGGUCCGGACAAGGACGCUUGGUGCAAGUACCACUUGAUACAAGGUCAUCAUACAGACGAUUGUAUUCAUCUAAAAAGGGAAAUUGAGAAGCUCUUACUCAAUGGAAAAUUACGUGGUUAUGCUAAGGAGAAACAUCACAGUGAGAGGCGAGAAGACAAGCCUAACCCUGAACCAAAGCACACUUUACACACUAUUUCUGGAGGAUUUGCUGGCGGCGGGGAGUCAAGUAAUUCAAGAAAGAAGUACGUUCGCCAGGUAAUGCUUCUGGGAGACAGUUCUUCAUUGCCCAAAAAAUACCCAGACGUUACUUUCUCAUCUGAAGAUUUUGGGCGAGUACUCCCCCACGACGACGACCCGCUAGUAAUCUCUGUUCAAUUAUUCAACUGGGAGAUUAAAAGGGUUCUGGUAGACACUGGAAGCUCGGCGGACGUUUUAUAUUUCGAUGCUUUCUCAAAAAUGGGUUUAAGCGAGGAACAACUCCAGCCGUUUAACGGAACCCUCUCAGGUUUCACGGGCGAGAGAGUUCACGUACGGGGAUACGUCACUUUAAAAACAGUUUUUGGCACUGGAGAUCAACAAAAAUCAAUUAAAGUAAGAUACUUGGUAAUACACUCACCCAGUUCAUAUAAUAUAAUCAUUGGUUGCCCCUCUAUCAACCUUCUGGACGCAUUCGUGUCCACCAAACAUUUGUUAAUGAAAUAUCCGCUGGACAACGGGCGAGUAGGAACGGUGCAUGGCGAUCAAAAGGUAGCACGCGAGUGUUAUCACGCCAGCCUCAAACUUAAAAAGUGCAAGGAACUCGAAGUCCAGGUUAUAGACCUUGAUCCCCGUGAGGAUUUUCCCCAAGAAAGGAUCGAACCUAUCGAAGAAGUAAAAGAUGUUGUUAUUGGUCCUUUGCCGCAUCAGAUCACGAAGAUUGGGACAUCCCUUAGCGGGUCAGAAGAGGAAAUCCUGAUUCAGCUUUUAAGAGAAAAUGUUGAUUUGUUUGCCUGGGCGCCUUCCGACAUGCCCGGAAUAGAUAUUGAGGUCGCCUGUCAUCAUCUGGCGGUCAGAACGUCUGUCAAACCAGUGGUUCAAAGGAAACGCAAGAUGGGAGAAGAAAAAAGAAAGGCGGUGGAUGAAGAGGUAAAAAAGCUACAGGAAGCACACUUCAUUUGUGAGAUAAAGUAUCCCACUUGGCUCGCAAAUACUGUCCUCGUAAAGAAAGCAUCAGGAAAGUGGAGAAUGUGUGUCGAUUAUACGGACCUUAAUAUGGCUUGUCCAAAGGAUCCAUAUCCGCUCCCCAGUAUCGAUCACUUGAUAGACAACGCCUCUGGCUACAAAACCUUGAGUUUCAUGGAUGCAUAUUCUGGUUACAAUCAGAUUAAAAUGGACCCACUGGAUGCUCCCAAAACCGCCUUCAUGACUAACCAGAAAAACUAUCACUAUCGGGUUAUGUCUUUUGGUCUACGAAACGCAGGAGCAACUUUUCAACGAUCUAUGGAUACAAUAUUUAGCAAACAAAUCGGGAGAAACCUUGAAGUUUAUAUUGAUGACUUGGUGGUAAAAUCUUCUGAGAAUCAAUCCCACUCAGAUGAUUUGAAAGAAAUUUUUCAGCAAAUUAGGAAGUUCAGCAUGCGCCUCAAUCCCACGAAAUGCACGUUCGGAGUUCAAGCAGGAAAGUUUUUGGGCUUUCUCUUAACAAAACAGGGUAUCGAAGCUAAUCCGGACAAAUGCCAGGCGAUCAUUAACAUGAGAAACCCAUGCAAUAUCAGAGAAGUACAACAGCUAACAGGGAGGUUGGCGGCGUUAUCAAGGUUCUUAUCUUGCUCUGGAGAUAAAGCUUUCGCCUUUUUUACUACAAUAAAAAAGAAGGAAGAGUUUGAAUGGAAUCAGGAGUGCGACGAAGCUUUCAGCAGGAUCAAGCAUUUUUUAACUACACCGCCCAUUCUACAUCGCCCUACAAAGGGGGCGAUUCUGUUCUUGUAUCUCUCGGUUUCUGAAAAUGCAUUAAGCUCUGUACUGGUGGAAGAGACUGACGAUCGAGAAAAGCCGAUUUACUUUGUGAGCAGAGUCCUCAAAGGAGCGGAAUUACGCUAUCAGAAAAUUGAAAAACUAGCGUUGGCUGUUAUAGUAACCGCCAGAAAACUACGCCCGUAUUUUCAAAGUCAUAAAGUCGUAAUCAGAACAAAUUACCCUGUGAAGCAAAUUAUGGGUAAGCUGGACUUGGCGGGCAGAAUGCUAUCUUGGUCUGUCGAGUUAUCGGAGUAUGACAUCCAGUUCGCCCCUAGAAAUAACAUCAAGUCUCAAGUCCUAGCAGAUUUCGUGGUGGAGUUUACAUCGCCAAUACAAGAAUCCCUCCCUCAUGUAUGGUUGUUAUCAGUAGACGGUUCCUCCAAUAUAAAAGGAAGCGGAGCCGGCAUUAUCUUGGAGGGGCCUGGCGACUUACUCAUCGAACAAUCUUUAAAAUUUGAUUUCAAAGCUAGUAACAAUCAGGCAGAAUACGAAGCUCUGAUAGCUGGGAUGUUGCUAGCCCAAGAGAUGGGAGCAAAAAAUCUUAGAGCGCGAAGCGAUUCUCAAUUAAUGACUAAUCAAAUCUCUGGGGAGUACCAAACCAAAGAUCAGCAACUUUCCAAGUAUUUAGCUAGGGUUCGGAAGCUAGCUAGUGAUUUUCAAUUCUUUGAAGCCAUUUAUGUCCCAAGAGAAUCCAAUUCACGGGCUGAUUUGUUGGCUAAACUGGCUAGCACCAAGAAGCCGGGAAAUAACCGAACAGUAAUUCAAGAGGUGAUAUCUGCUCCUAGUACCGAAGAGAAGGCAGUUUUCGAGUUAAACCAAGAGCCUGAAGGAUGGAUGACUCCACUGUUGAAAUUUUUGACGGGAUCUUUCGUCGCCAAAAAUGAUGAAGAGGCUCAAUUAGUCAGAAGAAGGGCGACCAAAUUCGUGGUGAUCGCCGGCAAACUAUAUAAACGGGGAAGAGCCUCAUCGUUGCUUAGAUGUUUGGGCGAGGAUGAAACGGAGUUGGUCCUUUUGGAGGUUCAUGAGGGAGUUUGUGGUAGCCAUAUUGGCGGGCGUUCUCUUGCUGCGAAACUAUUACGGACUGGGUAUUACUGGCCUAGAAUGGCUCAUGAUUGUUGUGAAUUCGUAAAGAAGUGUGAUAAAUGUCAACGUUUUUCUGAUAAAAAGAAUGCCCCUGCUAAGGAGCUCACGUCCGUUUUCUCUCCGUGGCCUUUCCAUAAGUGGGGGGUUGAUAUCGUGGGACCUUUCCCACAAGCGCCAGGACAGUUAAAAUUCCUCAUUGUGGGCGUGGACUAUUUUACAAAAUGGGUCGAAGCAGAAGCGGUUUCAAGAAUCACAGCAGAAAGAGUGGUGAAGUUUUACUGGAAGAAGAUUAUCUGCCGUUUCGGCCUUCCAAAGUACAUUGUGACAGAUAACGGGACACAAUUCGCAAGUUCUAAAGUCAUAAAUUUUUGCAAGCAGCUGGGGAUAGAAACCAAAUUUGUUUCCGUCAUUCACCCUCAAGCCAAUGGUCAAGCAGAAUCCGCUAAUAAAAUGAUAGUUAACGGCAUCAAAAAGAAGCUGGAAGAAGCAAAAGGACUCUGGGCAGAACAAUUGUACGAGGUGUUAUGGUCAUAUCAUACAACUCCACACUCUACCACUGGGGAAGCGCCGUUCACUAUGGUAUACGGUGCUGAUGCUAUGCUCCCAGUAGAAAUAGAUACCCCAACUUGGCGACGAGAACAUUUUUCUGAGGAAUCCAAUGAAGUAGGAAUUCAAUGUACUAUGGACAUGAUUGACGAAGUAAGGGAAGCAGCACACAUCAGGGAAUACGCAGCCAAACAAAGAGCAGCACGGAGAUAUAACUCUAAAGUCAUACCAAGAAGCAUGAAGGAGGGCGACUUGGUUCUGAAACAAGUGGUCGCCCCAACCAGGAUUGGAAAAUUACUGCCUAGUUGGGAGGGUCCUUAUAGAGUGAAAGAAAAAUUACAGCAUGGAGCCUAUAAACUUGAAGAACUAAAUGGAAACCCAGUUCCUAGAACUUGGAAUGUUGCUAAUCUUCGACAUUACUAUAGUUAA